CUUUCCUCGCCUCUUCCGUCCUCUCCUCUCGUCUCGUCUCGUCUCGUCUCCACUUCUCCUCUCUUUUCCUCUCCUCUCUUGUCCUAUCCUCUCUUAACUUCACCUCUCCUCCCCUCCUUUCCCCUCUCGUCCGCUCCCCUACCCCCCCUCUCCUCUCCUCUCCUCUCCACUCCUCUCCUCUCCUCUCCUCUCCUCUCCUAUCCUCUCCUCUCCUCUCCUCUACUCUCCUCUACUCUCGUCUGCUCUCCUCUCCUC